GUCAUUUCUAAUAAUAUUAGAGCGUGUUCUGUUACUACAUAGUUGCGAGUUAAUAUUGUUGUCUUAUUAAUUUGAAUACUUAAAUUAUAAUAUGGAGUCAGACGAGGAUUGUGUAAAGAGAGAAAUAUUGUUGGAAAAAGCAAAACGCCGGCAGGAAUUGCGAGAGCAUUUUCUGAAAAUGAAAACUAAUCCCUUUAAACAUUUGUUAGGUGAAGGAGGAUCCGUGGAAUUAUGCAGACUACUUACAAAAGUAAUUGUGUAUAUUACGGAAUAUAAUAAAAAACUACACAAAGAAUUGAAUUAUAAAGAGAAAUUACUCUUAUAUCUUCAACAACUUCUUACAUCUCUAUCAUUACUUAUUAAUAUAUUCGUAAGAGAAUCGGAAGUGGAACAACCAUUAAUGGAAAUCAGAUGCUUUUGUCAAAAACAAAUGGUGUAUUCUUUGGAUGGAAUUAGGCAAACCCUAUCACAAACUGCUAUUAUAGACAUAUCCAAUGGGAAUUUUGUAAAGUGGAUGGAUUCAGCUCUUGAUAAACUCAACGAAAUUGAUUAUAUUAAUAAAAAACAAGAGGCAAAAAAUAUAUUUCGUGAUACUAAAGUAUUAUUUGAAGAAGUAUUAAGUCAUGCCAUGUCAAUAGCUCAAGUAACACUAUUGGAUGAUUAUAAAAAAAUAAGGGGGAGUAGUCAAUCUGUACUUGAAGCUCUUGAAAGUCUCUCUGUUGAAAUUAAUAAACCAAUACCAAAUACUGCCAUGCUGAACUUAUUUAUCGAUACAUGUAUGAAUAAGUUGUGUGCUUUAGAGCGUAGAGUGAACACAGCCGUUUUGAAGUUAAGCCUGAAAGUUUUUUCUGAAUACACUUUACCUUUAGAAGCAAUUCACACUUUUUGUUUUGAUAAAUCUAAUAGAGGAAAGCAAAGUGAACUGGAUAACUUAAUUGUUGAACUCGAUUUGCAUGUUGAUAGAAUUUUACAAAUUGGACUCUUUGCUGUAUCUUGUUCCAGCUGCAGUAACAAUUGCGUAAAAAUCAGAAGCUGUUUAGCUAGUUUGGAAGCACUAGAAACGGAGCUAGUUCCGGCAUUUACGUCUGUUCUUAACGAGAUAUCUUUAAAUAAAAUUCAACUAUCUCUUCUUCUUAAAGAUUAUUGGUUAAAUCAGGCUCGAAUAUUACACAAACUAAUAUGUCUUAUUAUAGAUCCAUUUGCAUUUUGUGAGGUGAUAUAUGAAGAAAACAAACUGUUAGUGGCAGAUAUUUCAGAAAGUGUCAAGACACAAUCUACGAUGGACGUAACUUUAUUCGAUAAGCUAUUACGACAAUCCAAAGUUCUUGAACAAUUUAUGCAAAUAGUUAUUGAAGAUCAACAAGAAGCUAAUGUUAGCGAAAUAAAAAACGCUUACUCUGAUUUUAAAUGUGUUUUAAACGAAGUAAAAACAGCAUUUGAUGUAUUACCCGACGAAAGAAGCAGCCACUUACGGAUUAUUAAGCGUUGCAAAAUUCUUCUUAGUUCAAUUAAAAACUUAUGGGUUUGUUUUGCUGAUGAGAAUACGGAAAAUCAAAAUUUGUGUACUAAAGAUGUGUCGCAUGUUGAAAAAACUACUUUAGAACAAGCAUCAAAGCCAGUAUUCGGAAAUGUUUUCCUGGACCAUAUUAUUUCGAGGGGCAAGGACAUUUUAAAAGACCGUAGUAUUUUAUACAGGACUACUGUCCGGAACGCUACUUUCAAAGUUCCUGAACCGAGUCUUCAAACACAAACUAUUACUAAUAAACUACCGUUCCAAGAAAGAAAACUGCCAAAUUUAAAACUGACCCACUUAAGAAAUAAAACUUUUAUAAAUUCUUCUUAUAGAAAUAAGACUAAUGGGGAGCUCCAGAUGACUGAUAUUUUAAAGGAGCUUAACAACCUGACGAAUGCUUCCUUGAGCACAAAAUGAAAAGAUCUUGUUUAUUUUUUAUUUAUUUAUAGAUUUUAUUUAGAGAUUAUUACACUAUUUAAAAUAUAUUUACAAACAAU